UUCAAGUGGCAGCAAUUGUGCGGAUGGAGAUAGCUGCUCUCCCUGAACCUAAGUUGCUUCACUGCAAAAACGAAUGGUCCCCCCCCCCCAAUUCUCUAGGCGUGGACAAUGAAGUCACCUCUCCACAGAGUCCUGGUGUUGCACCUGAUGGGAAUCUUCACAGGAGACAAUCAGGUCUCCCAUAACUCCAGCCCAAGACAAGACCGUUUUUUAGGCAACGAGUUAAUGCUUGACAUGGCCCUGAAUUCCUUCGAUGACCAAUAUGAGGGCUGUGAACAGACGAUGGAGGAGGAGAUUGCACAGCUAAACCAAACUGAGUUCCUCAAGAACAAAAUUUAUGCCAGAGCCUGGAAGUUAACAGCCAACUUGAGGGAUGAUAGUAAGUGGCUCGGAAACCUCAGGCCAGAAUAUUCUGCAGCAAUCAUGGCUUAUACCUUUGAAGAACCCAAGUUGUAUCUUGAUUUCAAUGCAGCUGUAAGAAAAGCUGGGGAAUCGAAGGCACAUUACCAGAAUAAUUUCAACUUCAAGACCUUCCACUUUCUCCUGACCAGAGCCCUUCAGGAUCUGAGGAUCUCCAACACCCCCAGUCCCCCCUGCUACAAGGUGUUUCGUGGAGUCAGCAAUAUCCACUUCAGCGCUACCGUUAAGGAUACGGUCCGUUUUGGCCAAUUCACGUCCUCGUCACGGCAAGAGUGGAUUGCACAGGGUUUCACUGCAGAUUCUAAAUCGGGAGUUGGGCAGCCUGUGGCCAAAACCAUCUUUGAGAUUUACACUUGUCAUGGGGUUCUCAUCAGAGAAUUUUCUGACAUGCCCGUUGAGGAUGAGGUUCUGAUCCCACCCUACGAGCAGUUCAGGGUGGUAAGUUCCAGAAAGGGUGAGGAUGGCACAACCCACAUACAGCUCCACUCUGCUGGAAAAUUCAGCAAACACAACUGUGCAUAUGCAAGGGGUGGGAACUACGAGGACGAUGCUGUGGACCAAGGGUCACUAAAGUUUUUGGACCAGUGGGAACACUCCGAAUUUUGAGAAAGUGCUGGGUGGGCCAG